UCCAUGAUAUAUAUAUUCUAGCUUCUAUCUCUGCUGCUGCUGUCCGCGACUGUAUAUCCGACACAACGACACGAUAUUGUAACGUAUACCUUAAAUAGGUAUAUAUACAUAGGUGUACUGUACCUGUGCACACCUACACACGUACCCGCGCUUAUACGAUCCAUCUAUAUCUAUCAGUCCCCGCUGCUGAUGCUGCUAUGCAGCGCUCGUCGUCGACGCGUCGACUGCCCAGUGAUACAGACACAUACGUAUAAAACGGCAGAGAGCGAGUCUUGUUCCUGCUCGUAUAGAGCUUUUGUGCUACAGCUAUACAGCAGCCAUCCGUGCUACUAUACCGUACAGCUUUUUUGUGGUGUAACGCGCGCCGACAGUUCGUACAGACACACGACCCCGAGGGCUCUCUCUCUCUCUCUCUCUCUUGCUCUAUCUUGUACGCGGUGCCAGGGGGGGGGCUGUGAGACUGGCUCCUCUGUAUAUACACAGAGAAAUUUAACACAGCUCUCUACCCCCGACACACUGUCCGCCGCAGUUUCGUGCGUGCCGAGCUGCUGCUCUAGCUACCUACGUCGACGCGGCGCGGCCUCGCGAAGAAAGAGAGACGACGUGUGUUUUGUGUGUGUGUGUGCGUGUCUGUGCUGCGUGUACCUAUAUAAUCCCCCCAGCUACAUUAAGGAGCUGCUGCUGGAUUACUGCGUGUCUUCUGUGUAUCUGUGCCCGUGAAAAAAAGGAAAAAAUAGCGAACUCGAGGUUAUGAUCGUCGUCGUCGUCUCGUUGUUGGCUACUGCUGACCUGGAGUAGUGAUCUCGCUGCGAUUUCCUGCUGCAACGCGAAUCGGAGCAAUCGCAGAGCGAGAGAGAGACAUCGUGUCAAAUGAAAUCUAGCGGCGAUACCUGUAACAACCACAGUUGUGAUCGUGCUACAUGCGGACGUCGUCGUUGUUGGCCCGCGCCCACCACCUCCACCGCCAGAUUCCAGCGGACGAGUUACACUGCUCCUUUUGUCGUCGUCUUCGAAUUGGCUUGUGCUCUUUAAGCGCGAGCAUCGAGAGUACGCAUACGGGACCAUCAUCCCGCCGCGGAACCCGCGAUAUCGUAAUUGUUCUGCGUUAACGUGUGCGGCAGCGGUGCAGAAGACGUCCACUACUACGGCUGUAAACAAAAUAUACAAUUUCAUGAUGUCUGAUGACGACGAUAAGCCUCCAGCACCUCCGGUGAGACUCACAUCUAAUCGUUGUGAUCCAAACUCGUUGGUCGAUAUGAGGCCUUUACCCAAGGAACCGGAUGCUGAAGAUAAAAGGAAAAAGAAUGCUAAAAACAAGAUAAAACUGAAGGACAGCAAGGAUAAACCCAACAUUAGCUACCCAACAAAUUUUGAGCACACUGUUCACGUAGGUUUUGACAAUAUGACAGGAGAAUUCACAGGCAUGCCUCAAGCGUGGGCCAGGCUUCUUAUGUCAAGUAAUAUAAGUAAACAAGAACAAAAAGAAAACCCACAAGCUGUUCUAGAUGUUUUAAAAUGGUACGAUAAUAGCAGUAAAGAAACUAAAGGAAAUAAAUACAUGACUACAGUUCGUACAAUUGGAGGUAUGGAGCAACCCACCGGUAUGGCUUAUCAUUCUUUAAUUGAUCAAAAUAGUGCAAGAAAUUUGGAAACUUUUAAUGCAGGAAAUGUUCGAAAUCAAGUUAUAUCUCAAACAUCAGGCAGUUUACACUCACCUCACUCGUCAAGUAGAGUUAGUAGCAGUCCUAGUAGUACGCCAACAGAUGCCAGAGCAACUAGCUCUGAACAGGAAGAUGAGCUACCGCCACCUCCAAUUACUGCUAGGCCUGAACGUACUAAAUCUAUUUACACAAAACCUGUUGAGGAAGGUGUAACUCUGUCUCCCAAGUCACCUGUCAAUCAGCCUCACAAUACAUUUACAACUGAAAGAUUUUCUUCAGCUCUUGAUAAAAACAAAAAUCAAGCUGUACCUAUCCAAACAACGCCAACGAUUCCGACAACUGAUCAAAUCCAACCACGUCCACUUCAAAAUGAAAAGGCACGCAAAAAGCGGAUGUCUGACGAAGAAAUACUUGAAAAACUUCGCACAAUUGUCAGCAUUGGUGAUCCCAAUCGAAAAUACACUAAAAUGGAAAAGAUUGGUCAAGGUGCUUCUGGCACAGUAUUUACAGCGAUAGAAAGUUCUACUGGCAUGGAAGUAGCAAUAAAACAAAUGAACCUCUCGGCGCAGCCUAAAAAAGAGCUCAUUAUCAAUGAAAUACUUGUUAUGAGAGAAAACAAACAUCCUAAUGUUGUAAAUUACCUUGACAGCUAUUUGAUUGGCGAAGAGUUGUGGGUAGUUAUGGAGUAUUUACCAGGAGGAAGUUUAACAGAUGUUGUUACAGAAACAUGUAUGGACGAAGGUCAAAUUGCUGCUGUAUGUAGGGAAGUACUACAAGCAUUAGAAUUUUUGCACUGUAAUCAAGUCAUUCACAGGGAUAUAAAAUCAGAUAAUAUAUUAUUGGGCUUAGAUGGUAGUGUAAAGUUAACAGAUUUUGGCUUUUGUGCACAAAUAUCACAAGAACAAAACAAAAGAUCAACAAUGGUGGGUACACCAUAUUGGAUGGCACCCGAGGUUGUAACAAGAAAGCAGUAUGGGCCUAAAGUGGAUAUCUGGUCAUUAGGGAUAAUGGCUAUUGAAAUGAUCGAAGGAGAACCUCCAUACUUGAACGAAAAUCCUCUAAGAGCUUUGUAUUUAAUAGCCACUAAUGGUAAACCAGAUAUUAAGGAUAAAGAUAAAUUAAGUAGCAUUUUCCAAGAUUUUCUAGAUCAGUGUUUAGAAGUCGAAGUGGAAAAGCGAUCUUCAGCGUCAGACUUGCUGAAACAUCCGUUCUUGCGAUAUGCCAAACCAUUAGCAUCGCUGACGCCUUUGAUUAUGGCUUCAAAAGAAGCUGCUAAAGAAGCUAUUAAAGAUGCUGUUAAAGGUCAUUGACCCAUAGCUGACAGUGAAGUGUUAAAUUUGGAAAACGAAUAAACGCAUUUUUAACACCCGAAUGGUGCACGAUUCAAUGGUACGUUCAGCAAAAAACGUAAAUAUAUAAUUUAUUUACAUGCAUAAUUGCAUGAGUACUCAUUUGAUUGACGUAAAACAAAAAAAGUAUAAUUACUAUAUCAAUGCUUAUAAUUAUGCAAUGAUUCUGGUAAUGCAUUGAUAGUCAAACUCUAAACAAGUAUAUAAAAUGUAUUUAUUAUCAAUAACUUUGCAAAUAGUUUCGAUAAAUCAGGUUAUUAAGACACCAAUCUUCGAUUAGAUUUUUCCAUAAACAUGGUAAACAUUGUUUAAAAGUUUAAUUACAAUAAACUAAUACUAUAAAUGCACGCCAAUGUAAAUUUAGGUUUCUCUGCAACUAUCACAUAGUGACGACCAUGUGAUGAUCUGUUAUGAUAAAGUUGUUAUACAAAAAUUACAAUUUUAUACAUUUAACUCGAAAAAUUGAACGAAAAAUUGUAUAAGCUAGCGAACAUAUAUUAUUAUUAUUAUAAUGUUAGAGAAAUGUAUGUAUGUGUACAUAAACAUACACAUGUGUACAUGAUAUUAGCAUUAAUGAUUAUAAAGAUCAAAUGAAGAUACAUGAUAUUCAGAUUUUCAGCAUUUUAUACUUUUGUAAAAGAUGUAGUGAGACUACAAAAGUUUUUUAUUUUUUUUUUGCUAUUAUCACUAUUUUUGAACGUGCAAAAAGUCAUGCAAUUUUUUUCGCGAUUUUUAUCUUUUUACGAAACUAGUAAACAGUGUUUGAUGUUUAUUUGACUAACAUUACGAUAUAGUAAAUCAGUGUCAUGCUUAUUUUAAUGAUAUAUUUUGAACUAACAUUUUGUUAAUCACGACUUGAACUAAACAUUUUUUAAUAAUAAUGACCCGCAAUUUCAUUUGUAACUAUUAUUUAUUUGUUGUCCAAGUAUAUUAUGUUACAUAACAUGAAUUUUAAUCGUAAAAAUGAAUUCGUAAAAGAGCAUUUGCAAUUGUAGAUAAAAGUGAAAUCAUGAAAGAAAAUAUUUUCGACAAUAAUUUUAUUAUAAAUAGUUAUUAACUUUGCGUUAAUAAUUAUUGGAAUGAAAAUGAACUUAAUAAAUAUGGCAUUCAUUCUGAAGAGGUAAAUUAAAAAAAAUGGGCCAAUAAAUAUUACAAAGAAUAAACCCUUGAGAUGUAAAGAAAAAAACAAACAGGAAGUUUAGACCAGAUCUCAGAUAAAAUGAUUGUGCAUCAACUCAUUUACAAAUUGAACCUAUACACAUCGCUCAUGUACAAAUCGCUUCAAACAAAAAAUUAAUUAUACUGUUCAUAAUUAUAAAACAAAAAAGCAAGAAGAAGAAAAAGAGAGAAGAGUGUUUAUGGUGCAAUCACACGAUAUUUUCUAUUUGAAAAUGAUAUUUUUUUACACCUCGAUCCAUCUGCUGUCACAUACUAUCAUAUAAGCUUAUAUAGACUCAUCAUCCCCCGUAAAUAAUGAAAUUUCAAAAAAAAAAAAAA